AUGUCCAUCCUCAUAGCCGACUACCUAGACCACCUCACCGAGCUGCAAACGACAGCCCUACUCAUCCGCAAGCAACAGGACGGAGAAAUGUCCCUAAACGGGCUCCCCUCCAAGAUCUUCAUCUGCAUCGGUCCCCAUCGCCGCCAACCACCACUACCCGCCGGCACCGCCUCUCCCACCGCCGUGCACGUCAUCGCCAGCAGUGCUGACCACUUCCAAGACUUGUCCUCGCUCCAUAAGUGGGCCAGGGAGGCCCACGACAGCCGCAAGCAGAGCUUCCCCGCGCAGAACGUAGUGGCCCUCCGCCUCACGGAUCAGUUCUACAACAAGCUGCGAGCACGCGCCGGGGACAGUGAGGACCCUCUCACGGCGUGGUACGUGGCCGGAGAGUGGACCAGCCGGGGCAUCGUGGUUCCAGCUCCAACUCCGACUUCCGGGUCCAGCGGCAGUGAUGGUACUGCUGUUCCUGCAGGUCCUCCUCUCCCCACUCUCCCUCUUCAAAGCCAGAACCGAGACGCACCUGCACCGGCAACGGCAGCGACCGGGACCUCCUUCGACCACUGGGGCGAGACGGCCGUCGCGCUGGACGUCAAGAGCGGCCUCAGGGUAUGUCCCCGCUGCACCAAAUGCCGCGGCACCUUCCUAUUUGCGCAGUCCGCAGACAGCCUCGUCGUCGAGAGCUUCAAGGUCCAGCAGCAGCAGUAG